AUGUUAAGGUUAGACCCCGAGACUGACACGGAGCAACACCCUGGGACCAAGUCCGUUCUUCUGCAGGAAGCGUCGCUCGACGUCACUAUCUUUGGAUCAGCAAAAGCCGCACAUGAGUUCGAGAAACACCCUCAGAGAAUUGCCUACUUUGUAGAGCAUGGAGUGGUUCAGGUGGCGGAUCAAUAA